AUGGAAAAUCGUCAAGUUACCCAAUGUGUGGAAGAAUCAACCAUAAGACAAAGACUUGGUGGUCGACGAGACUCAGCCACACAAAUAUGCAGCAUAUCACCUCCAACGGAAAUUCAGGAAACGUCUCCUCCAACAACAGGACAAACAAGGAGAAGACGAAGUUCCCUAGCUCAAUUAACAGAUAUUCUACGGGAAUGGGGUGGAAGUACAAAAAAGCAACAAAAGCAAUUAUGUCGAAGAGAAACUUUGGCAGAUCUGGCGAGAAAACGAAGAGAGUCUAGUGCUGACUCCGGUAUACGAAGCAUGGGCUCGAAGUCUCGAAGGGACUCUCAUUACACAGCUAUAUCCGACUUCAGAACUGAAGUAGCUAAACUAUGGCAGCCUAAAGAAAGUACUCCCACUACCACCAUCGUAAGCCCAAGUAGUAUUAGCUACGUAGCACCUUCGAGAAGAGAUAGCGGCGAAUCCAACCGCAGCGGUCGACGGGAUUCCACUAGUCAUUCUCAUCAUGCUUCUAGACGAGGGUCGGGAGAAAGCGGGAAAAGUGGCAGGCGAGAUUCUACAACUGCAAUCACACCCCCACCACCCAAGAUUGUGGCUGCUAAAAAGAAACGAAGGGAUUCAAGGACUGUUACUGAAACACCCUAUUAUAGGCAAGAGCAAAGACCAUCAACUUCUUCCACAGCAUCAGAUUCGGCACCUCAGCAAUUUUUGGGAUUUCCAAGUAUAACUAACACCAUUACUACUUCUGACAUGGGUACACAAGGUGGUCUUCCAAUGCCUCCAACUAUUAUAACUUCCAGUGUAACACCUCCAGCAACUUCCCCUACAGUUCCUACAACUUCUGCGACUACUCCACCUCAUCCACUGUUAUCGACAAGAAGGGAUUCUACAACUCAGUGCGGGCGAUUAGGUCGAAGAGAUUCUAGAUCUCACGCAAGUCCUGAACGGAAACAUUCUCGACUGCAGCGACAAAAUACAGCGUAUGACGAGAGCUGUCUUCCUCCUGGAGGCUGGAAUCGUCGUGGCUCCCAACCACAACAGCCAGCUUUAAGUCCUGAUGUUGAUGAAAGUGGAAGAAAGGCAAGAAGGGACUCGUUAAGUCCAGAUUCUGCUUCUAGAGGAGGUAGACGAGAUUCCAGAUCGCAUCUUAGUCCUGAUCGAUCUGGAGACCGAGAUAUUAGCCCUGUCAGAAGAGGCCGAAGGACUUUAAGAAGACAAUCAACAAGUGUAGCUGCAAGAGCCCAUGGACCGCGGUCUCCGGAUUCUUCCAGCUGCUCCAGCAGAGAUCCAAGUCCUUGUAAUAGAGGACCACCACCAACACAAGAAAACUACCGACCAGCAAUCAGAAGACAAUCUACUACGGAAGAAAUCCUUAUCGCAAGAGGAUUCCGAAGACAAUCAACGACAGAGGAAAUGAUACGAUGCCGAAAUUUUCGACGCCAAAGUUCUCAGAGUGAUGACUGCCAGCGAUAUCGUGGACGCAGAGAUUCGGCUACACAGAUUAUGGAUGGUACCAUAGCUUCUAUGACUGUAGAAACUUCUAGUACGUUCUUUGAUUCUAGCACGCAAACAGAACUAGCACCGACAUUCGUUCUUAAACUUUUAAGAUAA